AUGUUCUACACACAUGUGCUUAUGAGUAAGCGAGGGCCGUUGGCCAAAAUCUGGCUUGCAGCUCACUGGGAGAAGAAACUCACAAAGGCUCAUGUAUUUGAAUGUAAUCUAGAGAUAACCAUUGAAAAAAUUCUUUCGCCUAAGGUGAAAAUUGCACUUCGAACUUCAGGACACCUUCUUUUGGGAGUUGUUCGAAUCUAUAAUAGGAAGGCAAAAUAUCUUUUGGCAGACUGCAGUGAAGCAUUGCUUAAAAUGAAGAUGACAUUUCGCCCAGGACUAGUUGAUCUUCCAAGAGAGAAUUUUGAAGCAGCUUACAGUGCUAUCACACUGCCAGAAGAAUUUCAUGAUUUUGACAUCCUGAAUGUGAAUUGUAUUGAUAUUUCAGAACAAUUAACUCUGAACCGAAGCAAACCAGAAGAAAUCACACUUAGAGAUGAUUAUGGCAAUGAUCUACUUUUCCAAGCUGGGAGCUUUGGGGAGGAAUCUGAAAUUCUUAGAAGACAUAGCUUCUAUGAUGACAACAUAUUGCUGAAUUCCAGUUGUCUUUUACUCGAACAUAGUUCUGAAAGCCUCGAUGGAGAAAAAUCUCUCCACUAUAACAGUGGAGAUGGAUUUGGAGAUGAAGGCACUGCAGGAGAAAUGAUUGACAAGCUAUUGCAAGAUGAUGAGACUAUCCUGUUAGAAAACAUGCAUUUGAACAAAGAAAUUUCUCUACCUCCUGAGCCUCCUGAUACUAUAGUGGUAGAACCAAAUAAUCCAGAACAUAUAUGUCUACCUGAAAAUGAAAAAAUGGAUGCAACCACAUUAUCAAAAGAAGAGGAAAUAUUUAUCCUUGAUCCAAUUGAUGCUUCAGAUGUCACUUGGAAAAGGAAAGGCAAAAAGAGGAAAUUGCUCAUAGAUCCAGUCAAGGAGAUCAGUAGCAAAAUUAUGCAUAAACAGCUUACCUCCUUUACUGACACACUCACAGUUUUGGAGCUUGCACCUCCUACCCAGAGACUGAUGAUGUGGAAGAAGAGGGGAGGAGUCGGUACACUUUUGUCAACUGCUAACCAGGAUUUGAUUCAUACUGAACUGAAAAUGUUGUUUACAAAACGCUUUCUGUCCUCUGACUUUAAACUUGGAAGAAAAUUGAUACAGGAGUCAGUAAGGGAAGAAAUCGGAAGCAGAAACAUAGUAGAGGCCUCCAUCAUGGAAGAGCCAAAUUCCCAGCAAGAGUUAAUUCAACCCAAAACUUGGAAGGAUGUGAUUGACGGAUCUAACUGUAGCCCUCAUGAGGAUACCAAUAAAAAUAUUAACAAUGAGCAGGAUAUUGUUGAAAUGAUUUCUUCAGCUGCUGAGGAAUCCUCUUCAGUGAAUGCCAUCUUGACACAAGAAAUUGAAAAUUGUCCAGUGGAAUUGGAGUUAUUGGGAAAUGAACAAAGUCCUGAGACAGAGAGAUGGAAUCGAAGAAUACUUCGGAUGUUAAAUAGUUUGCGGGAAUACAACAAGAUGGGAAGGCAGUUCUUUAGUCUGACGACUCUCUGCAGGAAUAGUGACCGAAAAGAAGUUGCUGCCAAAUUUUAUACCUUUCUUGUGCUAAAAAAACAGCAGGCUAUUGAGCUGAGCCAGACUGCUCCCUACACAGAUAUUAUAGCUACAGUGGGACCAAUGUUCCAUAAAAUGUGA